AUAGCCUCUCAUGGUGGAGCCUUUUUCUGGCUGUCAAUUCACAAUAUAGUUCAUUUUUAAAAGUGAUUUGGAGUCAUCAUACUAAAUUUUAAAAUGUGUAAUUCAAAAUUAUGUGUAUAUAUAAUUUUUAUCAUGCAGAUUUUACUUGUUGACAUUUCUGGGUCCGGCGAAUCUUCGGCCUUGGUUACCUCUGGAACCUCAUCAGAGUUAGCUUUCAACGCGGGAAACCCACAGAGCUCCAAUACUACGAAUGAGGGAGGGCUGGCGGUGAAGGCCACAACGGCGAAACACUCGGAUUUUCUAAGAGCACCACUCAUGGAGCCUCGAGAAAGCAACCUAGACUCAGACUCUGACUCUGACAGUGCGGAGUUCAAUUACUUGAUCACUGGUGGCGCUACGACAGGAGACAGAACCCUGGUCAGGUAUGCAGUCUGGUUCGCAUACCGAGGUACAAGGGCUCAAUUUGGCGACAACAUUAUCAGCGGUGGCUUAAUCGUCCACAAGCAAUUCGUCUUGACCUCUGCCCACUCUCUUUUUUUGUCCCCUCAGCAAACGAGAGAGCCUAGUGAUUUACAAGCUGUGGCCGGAGCAAUAAGAAGACUUGAAAGUACCGACGCCACCAUUAGUAUCAUGGCAAAAGCAUUUUUUGUACACCCCGGAUAUAGACACCCCGGAGUAACCAAUGACUUGGCAUUAGUGCUAUUGGAGAGGGAGUUUGACUUGAGUCCCGCCGUGGCCAUUGCUCGAAUACCAACAUAUGCGGCAUACGAUGGUAUGUCCUGUACUGUCGUUGGCUGGGGAGCAGUCGUGGAUCAAGGACCGAUUGCAGAUGAGUAUCUUGAGGCCAAAGUUGUAACCCAUCAGAGUUCAUGUUCUAUGCUUCGCGGUUGGGAUAAUAUUGCUAUGCUCUGUGCUCGAGAUGCAGCCUUUUUUGAAGUGGACGCCUGCCUUUAUGACUCUGGCACCCCAAUGUUUUGUGACGGCAACUAUGCGUUUGGUUUAGUUGCUUAUGGAUUGGGAUGCGGUAACCCAGAUCAUGGCGGUGCCUACAUGAAUCUCCACCACUACAGCGGGUUUUUUACCAAUGACCGAAUGAAUAAUUUGUUAUAUAAAUUUAUGGGUUCUAGAGGACCUGGCCCAAUACGCCCACUAUUUUGGCCUGUAUCAGACCUGUAUUAUAGCAAAUUUAUGGCCCUACUAUUUAUUUAUUAUAUAUUUGUAAAUUAUAUUGUAUAAAUUAUAAGUUUUAAAACUUUUACAUAAGAGCAAUGAACUGAAAAACUUUCAAAAUCAAUAAACAUUAUAGUAAUAUUUAAACCAGCAA